CAUCAAGGCGAAAUAUCCAAAUACUUGGCUCUACACGACACCAGGACCAAGAACCCCUCGAGAGACCAUCAAAUCUCCGAGUAUAAUUUUCUCCCGACCCCGACGACCAAUUUCCACCCUCGCAACUGCCCCGACUGCGGCUCCCCGAUCGAAACUCCUCGUGAAAUCCGGCGAAUUGCCCCACCUCCACCAUGUCUGCCAACGGCGACCCCAAGUACGACGACAUCGAGUCUGAAUCCGACUCCGGCGAGUCGGUCGACCACAACGAGACCGGUGAUGGCCUCGAGGACAAGUCUCUCAAGUCCGCCCUGAAGAAGUCGAACCCAGCCAUCGCCGAGCCGGCAGCCCAAAGACCCCCGCUGCCCCCGCAAACCGAUCCCAAAGACCUCGACGUCGCUACCCUCACUCCCCUGACGCCCGAGAUUAUUGCCCGACAAGCCACUAUCAACAUCGGAACCAUCGGCCAUGUCGCUCACGGAAAGUCGACUGUGGUCAAGGCCAUCUCCGGCGUCCAGACUGUUCGAUUCAAGAACGAGCUGAUCCGAAACAUUACCAUCAAGUUGGGUUACGCCAACGCCAAGAUCUACAAGUGCGAUAACCUUCAGUGCCCCCGACCCGGAUGCUACCGAAGUUACAAGAGCGAGAAGGAAGUUGACCCUCCCUGUGAGCGAGAGGGUUGCGAGGGCACCUACAGACUAUUGCGACACGUCUCGUUUGUCGACUGCCCCGGUCACGAUAUUCUAAUGAGCACUAUGUUGUCAGGUGCCGCCGUCAUGGACGCCGCCCUGCUGCUCAUUGCUGGUAACGAAUCCUGCCCCCAGCCCCAGACCUCGGAGCAUUUGGCCGCUAUUGAGAUCAUGAAGCUCGACAAGAUCAUCAUCCUCCAGAACAAGGUCGAUCUUAUGCGGGAAGAGGCCGCCCAGCAACACUACCAGUCUAUCCUCAAGUUCAUCCGAGGAACCGUUGCUGGCAAGUCCCCCGUUAUCCCCAUCUCUGCUCAGCUCAAGUUCAACAUCGAUGCCGUCAACGAGGCCAUCGUCAACACCAUCCCCGUGCCUCCCCGAGACUUCAGCAUCGACCCCCACAUGAUUGUCAUUCGAUCCUUUGAUGUCAACAAGCCUGGUGCCGAGAUCGACGACCUCAAGGGUGGUGUUGCUGGUGGCAGUAUCCUGCACGGUGUCAUCAAGCUGGGCGACGAGAUUGAGAUCCGACCUGGUAUCGUCUCCCGAGACGAUUCUGGUGCUCUCAAGUGCACUCCCAUCUUCAGCCGUGUCGUCUCCCUCAACUCUGAGGCCAACGACCUCAAGUAUGCCGUCCCCGGUGGCCUUAUUGGUGUUGGUACCCGCAUCGACCCUACCCUCUGCCGAGCCGAUCGUCUCGUUGGUUUCGUCCUGGGUCUCAAGGGACGCCUGCCCGAGAUUUACAGCGAGAUCGAGGUUAACUUCUACCUCCUCCGCCGCCUGCUCGGUGUGCGAACUGCCGACGGCAAGCAGGCGAAGGUCGCCAAGCUGGCCAAGAACGAGGUCAUCAUGGUCAACAUUGGUUCCACCUCGACUGGAGCGAAGGUCGCUGCUAUCAAGAACGAUGCCGCUAAGCUGGUCCUGACCAGCCCUGCCUGUACCAACAUUGGCGAGAAGGUCGCUCUGAGCCGACGUAUCGAAAAGCAUUGGCGUCUCAUCGGAUGGGCCACCAUCGCUGCCGGUGUCACCCUUGAGCCCAGCACUUCUUAAAUGUUUAAAAUCAGCGGGUUGAGAGCCCUUAUCGCACGAUCUUCGGCUACGCAAAUUCUGAAAACGCGGGAUGCCAAGGAAGGCAGUCUUCGGCGGCUUUUGAGUAGAUGGCUGGCGCAAGAAUGAGGCCCGGUGUUUAUUGUGGUCUUCGGAAACAAGGGGAUGAAGGUCAGGCAUGCCCCCGGGGGGAGUUAAGGGGGUCAUGCAGCAGAUAGCUAGCUGUAGUUACGUUGUAAAUGCAUGACGAGGUCACGCCGCCUCACGGAAAAGACAAAAGUACGCCACAAGCAGCAAGGCCAAUUGUUUGAUGAGGGUUUUACCCAUGAUUGGAUGAUGUCAUUGAGCC